AUGUCCAAAGUGCAGCGGCCAUGGCCGCUAGUGGGCUGCUCAUUGGUCGCUUGCAUUUUGAUUGCGCUAGUAUACUUGCUUCAACUGACCCCGACCCCUCCGGGUCCCCUGGAUGUGCCUGAGCAUCAUCCGAACGAUGAGCGCGUUACUCGCCCGCGGAUCGAGCUUCAUCCGGAGGAUCAUAUCUACAGGACACCAGUGACACAACAUUUGAGUUGGCGAGUCACCUCUGAAUACCGCCGGCCGGAUGGUGUCUUGAAGCGCGUUUGUCUCGUCAAUGGCCUUUUUCCUGGACCAACGAUUGAGGCGCGAUCUGGCGAUACAUUAAUUAUCACUGUGGCUAAUGACUUGCCAGAAGAUUCGAUCGCUCUUCAUUGGCAUGGCCUCUCUGUGACCAAUGACAUGGAUGGGGCAGCAGGUGUAUCCCAAAGUCCAAUUGCGCCUGGGAAGCAGUUUGUCUAUAAUAUGACAAUCACCCCCGAUCAUAGCGGCACCUUCUGGUAUCAUGCCCACUCAGGAGUCUCGCGGGCAGAUGGCCUUUAUGGCGGGUUGAUUGUUCAUGCUCCAGCUUCCAAAGCAACCGUUAGAGGCUUAUACCCUAGAGCUCUCGGUGAAGAAGCCUCUUCUUAUGACAAAGAGCUAUUGUUAUUGAUCGGGGACUGGUACCAUCGAUCUGCAAAGGACGUUUUGGAUUGGUACACAGAUCCUGGGAAUUUUGGAAACGAGCCUGUUCCUGACUCUCUUUUGAUCCACGGGGUGGGGCGUUUUGCAUGCGAAAUGGCAGUUGCUGCAAGACCAGUCGACUGCGUCGCUCAGUCAACAAACAUUUCCUUUGGCUCCGAUCCUCAACGGAAACUCCGAAUUCGCGUGGUGAACACAGGAGCUCUUGUUGGGUUUGAUCUCCAAUUCAUUCACCACAGGGUUGAUCUGUUACAGAUAGAUAGCGUUGAUGUUAAACGCCCAACAGACCAAACCAUCAAUUCUCUCGGUACUCUUUACCCUGGACAGCGCAUGGACUUUGUUCUAUGGCCGACACAAGAUACCGGGCAUCAUUCUCCGAUGGCAGUUCGUUUGAAUCAAGAGUGCUUCAAGUAUGCCAAUCCGGCACUAACUCCAAAUCAAAGCUUUUCUCUUCAUUCCAAAUCUCCUUCCAUGCCAACAGUUGCAACAGAAUCCACAGUCAAAAUCCAUCAUUUGGACAUCCAAGAAGUGCCAUCUGCGCCCUCAAUAAUCCAAGCCAUUCCCCCUACCGCACAACAAACACAUGUUGUGUACACCAAAAUCCAAAAGAUGGCUCGACAUUCGAACAAGCCUUUCGGCUACUUCAACCAAACAACAUGGAGACAACAGCAAGACCCUCCUGUCCCAUUGACUUAUCUCCCACGAAGCAAGUGGGAUAAGAACCAGCUAGCGAUAUCCACAGGCUCAACUCCUACAUGGAUAGACUUCGUCAUCAACAACCUAGAUGAGGGAUCUCACCCGUUCCAUCUACACGGUCACAGCUUCUACAUUCUAGCAACACAUCAAUCCGAAUACGGCUGGGGCUCAUACAACCCCUUCGUCGACAAAGUUCCUCCCCAUCUAUCCUCAGACUCAGCCUCAGUCCUACAAGCUGGAGCUGAUUCAGCUGGCUUAAAUAUUGAUGAUCCUCUAACAGUUCCGUAUGAUCUGUCUCGAGCCGCGUUGCGUGAUACUGUACAAAUCCCCAGUCGGGGCUAUGCAGUGCUUCGGUUUAGAGCUGACAAUCCUGGAGUUUGGCUUUUGCAUUGCCACAUUCUCUGGCAUUCUGUGACUGGCAUGGCUAUGCUUAUCGACGUUCAGGGCAAUCCAGCAGGUCUGGUUGCGCAUAACGCGUCGCCAUCGCGGUGA